CGGGGCUGCUACUAAAACCCCAGACUCUCGGCCCUGGGCAGCCUGGGGAGGGACGCGGGCCUGGAUAGAGGUCGGCGCGCUUGCUGCUGGAGGGUGAUGGCGCUGCGAAGCUGCGAGCUCCGACCUCACCCAGAGUCGGCAGUGAGAGGCUAGCAGAGGCGCGGAGCUACCGGCCAGCGCUGAGCUCCAGCUCCAGGCGCCGAGGUCUUUCCACUUCCGCGUCCACUAACUCCGAUCAGGGUGAGGAGCCGCGCUUGCUUUGACUGCUGACUGCUCGCCGUUCUCCAGAUCAUGUCCACGGCUCCCGGGACUGGGCGCGGAACAAGAAGUUUGCACUGUGCGAAUCCAAGAAGCCUGCCUCACUGCGCGUCUCGUAGCCUGGACCGAGUCUGAGAGGCACUGCCCAGGCGGACUUUUCUGCGGGAGGGCCUUCUCUGUGUGCUAUUGCCUCUCUGGUUCUCGCCGGAGACCCCACGCCCUCCUCCUCUGAGUCCUGGAAGACAGAAGCGGCUCUCUCCGCGCCCCAGCAUCCCAGAAGAUGGGGAGCAAGGCCCUGCCGGCACCCAUUCCACUCCACCCGUCUUUGCAGCUCACCAAUUACUCCUUCCUGCAGGCCGUGAACACCUUCCCUGCCGCCGUGGACCACCUGCAGGGCCUGUAUGGGCUCAGCGCGGUGCAGACCAUGCACAUGAACCACUGGACGCUGGGGUACCCUAAUGUGCACGAGAUUGCCCGCUCCACCAUCACUGAGAUGGCGGCGGCGCAGGGCCUCAUGGAGGCGCGCUUCCCGUUCCCGGCUCUGCCCUUCACUACUCACCUCUUCCACCCCAAGCAGGGGGCCAUUGCCCAUGUUCUGCCAGCCCUGCACAAGGACCGGCCCCGUUUUGACUUUGCCAAUCUGGCUGUGGCCGCCACACAGGAGGACCCCCCCAAGAUGGGGGACCUGACCAAACUGAACCCGGGUCUGGGCAACCCUAUCUCCAGCCUCAGUAAAUUGACUCCGGACAGAAAGCCCUCCCGAGGGAGGUUGCCGUCCAAAACGAAAAAAGAAUUUAUCUGCAAAUUUUGUGGCAGACACUUUACCAAAUCCUACAACUUGCUCAUCCAUGAAAGGACCCAUACAGACGAGAGGCCUUAUACGUGUGACAUCUGCCACAAGGCCUUCCGGAGGCAAGAUCACUUGCGGGAUCACAGGUAUAUCCAUUCCAAAGAAAAACCCUUCAAAUGUCAGGAAUGUGGGAAAGGAUUUUGUCAGUCUAGAACUCUAGCAGUUCACAAAACUUUACAUAUGCAGGAAUCUCCACACAAAUGUCCCACAUGUGGAAGAACCUUUAAUCAGAGAAGUAAUCUGAAAACUCACCUUCUCACCCAUACAGACAUCAAGCCCUACAGCUGCGAGCAGUGCGGCAAAGUGUUCAGGCGAAACUGUGAUCUGCGGCGGCACAGUCUGACUCACACCCCGAGGCAGGACUUCUAGAGAAGCCCAGGAUCUGUCCCGUGCCGCAGCCGCUCCCCUUCCCAGACACCUCUCCACACCUCCCUCCUGGAGGUCCCAUCCCAGUCCCCUACUCACCCCAGCUCUUGCCUUGCUGCAGCAGCACCUGCAGUUCCAAGGAGUUAACUCUUCUCAAGGACUGAGAACUGUAGAAAGUCACACACACGUACAUCCCUUCACAAAGAGCAUACGCUAGUUUAUUGUAGAUAUUCACAGCUCAUUUUAGAGCUCUGUACAUAAUUUCGUGGGUCUUUGUUUUUGUUGUGUUUUUGUUUUUGUAUCUUGUUGGAUGCACCUAGAUAUGGAAAAUGGAAGUCAAAUUUAUCUUUAAAGACUGUAUUUCAAAAUAAAACUUGGUAUGUUUCAAACUUCC